AUGCUGAAUACUGCACUGGAUGUCCAGAUGAACAGCAUCCCAACAAGAACCGAGAUAAAUGUGUUCCCAGGAUUGUCACCUUCUUGUCCUACAGAGAGCCUUUGGGGAUGGUCCUGACAUCUGUUGCCGUACUCUUGUCUGUUUUAACAAUCUUAGUGCUGGGAAUCUUCACUAAAUUCCUGGACAGUCCAAUGGUCAAAGCCAACAACCGGGACCUCUCCUACAUUCUCCUCAUCUCCCUCCUGCUUUCCUUCCUGUCCUCCUUCCUCUUCAUCGGACAGCCAAGGAGAGGCACCUGCCUUCUUAGGCAAAUGGCCUUCAAUAUCAUCUUCUCAGUUGCUGUCUCUUCAGUGUUAGCCAAAACCAUCACUGUGGUGCUGGCCUUUCUGGCCACAAAGCCUGGGAACAGAGCAAGGAAGUGGCUGGGGAAGAGUCUGGCCAACGCCAUUGUCCUUUCUUGCUCCACUGUCCAAGUUGCCAUCUGUACCACAUGGUUGUGGCUCUCUCCCCCAUUCCCUAACUCUGAUAUCCACUCCCAGCCUCAACAGAUAAUCUUGCAGUGCAACCAUGGUUCUAUGACCAUGUUCUACUCUGCCCUUGGCUACCUGGGCUUCCUGGCUACCAUCUGCUUCACAAUGGCUUUCCUGGCUAGGAAGCUGCCAGGGGCCUUCAACGAAGCCAAGCUGAUCACCUUCAGCAUGCUGGUCUUCUGCAGCGUCUGGGUCUCCUUUGUGCCUGCCUACCUGAGCACCAAGGGAAAGUACAUGGUGGCCGUCCAGGUCUUCUCCAUCUUGGUCUCUGGCGCUGGACUCUUGGGCUGCAUCUUCAUCCCCAAGUGCUACAUCAUUGUCCUGAGGCCUGACCUGAAUACAAAGGUCCAUCUCAUGAUGAAAAAUAAAUGCAGCAUCUUGUCUACUGAUGCUGCAAAGGAUUCUGCUCCCACCAGAAUCCAGACAUGA